UAGAGUGAAGGAACUUUAUUGUAAAGGACAGCGGACUUUUGUGACAUAGCCAGCAUGGGUGCUCGGCUCGCGCGGGUGUUCCGAAACUUCAACGUGGAGAACCGCGCGCUGCGAGAGAUCUCCAGAGAGAAGCCGAGGGCAGCGCCACGGCACGAGACCGAGGCGCCGCCGUCUGCCGUUAGCUCCGAGGCGGCGGAGUCGGUGAAGAAGAAGGACGAGUCGUUGCUGGAACACCUCAGGACUGUGUAUGUGGAGUCCACAGAUCCAGCAGCAGCUACAGAGGUCACGCAGGACGUGGCUGUAGGGAAAGCAGCCGAGCGGAGGCCGCUCCGAGUCGCUUUCCCAGGACACAGGUUCGGUCUGCCGGAGCUCCACGACGUCCCCAAAGGGAAGCUGACCAUCGCCGAGGCUCUCAAGGCCCUCGGCAGUCACCAGCACCAGCCUCGGACCUGGACGGCCGAGAAGAUCGCUCAGGAGUAUUCCCUGGACUUGAAGGACACGACGUCUGUGGUGGAGUUCUUCAUCCCUUUCAAGGUGGAGAUCAUCCCUCCCAAGACCAGAACUGCCAAGCAGAUAAAGGCUUCCUAGGGCUGGAGGCUCGGAGAACGGAGAACUCACUCAUGUUCUCCGGUGCUGGAGAUGGAGAGGGACUAGAGUUUCAGGAGUCUGGCGAUGUUUAGGUGGAAUGAUGGGAGAUUUUUAGCUUUCCUGCAGGAAAGAACCGCAUGCAUGGAUCAGAAAACGGCGAUCCAUUCAGGACGGCUGAUAUUAAACCAAUCAGACACAAAUCAUGCUGGCUUAAAGACGCACAGCAGACAGAACAAGUGACCCGGUGUAGAGGGUUCAAGGGUUCUGUGAUGGGUUGGACCCACAAGCCCAACCAGCCAUGUAGAACCAGAAUGCAUCAUUUAUUUAAAAUGUCAGCCAAGUAGAGCAGCUGUGUGUUAGCCUCAGAGACAGAACCCACUGACCUAAACAACCGGACUCUCUCCUCCUGACGGGUGAUCAGUGCGCCUCUCUGUGGCGCUAAGUAGCAACCGCACUGUCCUGAGCCAAUAAGAGCCAACAUCUGCCCAUUCCCAUGUCUCCUUAGCAACGACAAACAACAAAAUACCUUUAGUUCUUCCUGCAUGGAUUGAAAGUUUCACUUUUAAACUUUUGAAUGGUUUAUGCUAAAAUAUAACAGCCCAAAGUUCCUCCUCUUGUUCUCUCUGCUGCAGUGAAAAGCUCCAGAUUCAGAUGUCCUUAGGCACACACACCCUGAGCAUGCAUAAAGCUCACUGCUACGUUUCCCUCUGAACACGUCCAGCCUGCGCUAACACCUGAACUCAUCACCGUCAGUCAUAGAUCAGCCUUACCCAGGACAGAACAGAGCAGAAAGGCUCGGUGUUCAUCAGUCAACCAGGAGGGGAACAAGUUAAAUGGCAUGGAGGGAGGGGGGGUAGAAUUAAAACGAACCUGUGGAAUCAUAAAGCUGCAUAAACGCACAUGUUUUCAGAAUAAAUCUUUGUUGUCUCUGGUGUUGGCUUUCA